GACAGGCUCGUCAGCAUCGCCACCUUUUUCCUAUUGGACGAGGCUACCUGGAACUCCGCCCCCUUCGUCCUCUUGGCCUCCCACUUGCUCUUGAAGAGCGGGGGCAGGCAGAACGCGAAGCAGAAGGCUUUGGCCACCGCCUGCGAUCAUCCGUCCUGAAAGAUGAUGAUGGGAGUCCCGACAGCCGGAAUGGGAGCCCCUCGCCUGGGCCUCUGGGCGCUCCUGCUCGCUCUGCCGCUUGCCCAGGCGGUGGAAGUGGAUGACAUCUAUGUGCAAGCAGAUUUCUUCCAGGAGAGCUUCCCUUCUGGGAAGGAGUCUGGUGAGUACCAACAUGAGAUGAACGGUGAGGAGAUCUUUCACGUGGAUUCAGAGCAGAAGAAAGACGUCUGGAGGCUGCCUGACUUCAGGACCUUCACAGGCUUUGAUGCGCAGGGAGCCCUCAACGACCUGGCAGUCUUGAAGAACAAUCUGGAGAUCAUGAUCAAGUGCAGCAACCGGACCCAGGCGCAGAACGUCGCUCCUUCAGCGAGAGUGUACCCCAAAGACCCAGUGGAACUGGGGGACCCCAAUGUCCUCAUCUGCUUUGUGGACAAGUUCUCCCCUCCAGUGCUGAACAUCACCUGGCUGAAGAACGAGGAGGUGGUCUCAAAAGACAUUCAGGAAACAGACUUUUACUCCAGCGUGGACAACACGUUCCGCAAGUUCUCCUACCUGGCCUUCGUCCCCGAGGAGGGAGACUUCUACGCCUGCAAAGUGGACCACUGGGGCCUCCAGGAGAGUCUGACACGGGAAUGGUAUCCCAGGCAACCGACUCCCCCUCCCAAGACAACAGACACGGUGGUCUGUGGCCUGGGCUUGGCCUUUGCUGUUCUGGGCAUCGUUGCUGGUCCCGCCCUCUUCUUCAAAGCCAGGAAGAUGAAGGAGGCCAACCACCGGAGGGGUGGCCUAUAACCGAAGGCUCAACAGACCCAGCUCCUCUGCCUGCCAGCAACCUCUGUGCAGCUCCACUAUGCUUUUUCUUAUGACCCUUGCUAGAAUCCUUGCUAGAAUCUGCAGGGAGAACCUGCUCUUGAGUAGGGCUGAGGUCACCUUAACCCUGCCUGCUGAGAGCAGCAACAGUGCUUCAGAUUUCUGUCCGUGCAUCUUCUGCCUUUCA